GUUAAAGUAACAAAUAAAGCCAAGACAGCGCACUGUUCUGUUCUGUUCUGUUCUGUUCUGUUCUGUUAUUGCACAUCGUUUCGGUUUCUUUACAUAAAUCUGAUCUGGAAAUCUCGAAUCCUGUGACUUCUUAAAUUAGAUUCAUAUGACAGAGAUCUUCCCGAGCUGAGUAUAGUGUUGAUGGGAUAUAGAAAUGCUGGGACGUGGUCAUCAGGAAACACCAUCCUGGGCGAAGAAGUGUUUCAUGCCGAGAGCAAUGUUCAGUGUCUGAGGAGACAAGGUGAAAUAGAAGGGAGGCUGAUCACUGUAGUUAAAAGUGUUAAAAGCAAAACAUCAUCAAUCAUUGGCUCAACAUUACCUCAUGACUCUACUGAUCAAGCUACUCUGACCAGGCCAAGGUCUUCUAGAGGACUUAUAGGACAUUGUUUAUGGACAACUCGUCCCCAGUCCCUACUGCCCUUGUCAUAAUCUUAACAAAACCUACUGAUGACGAUGUCAGUCUCUGGUCAUGACGCACACAGGGUACAAGCAUAGAAGAACAAAGUCUUAUGAACAUCUUAAGAUUAGAAUUUUCCACUACAGCAUCAAGCUGGGAGAAGGACAAGCCUGUAGAGAAGCUAUUCAAACAUAAAAUGUUGUCCAGUAUCUGUCUGCGUCUUACAGGGCCUCAUGCGCUGUAGCUUGUUGUACCACCAGCGGCUUCUUUUACAGAGACACACAGAAAAGGAGAAGAGGAGAGAGCUAAAGAGAGAAAGAUGAAAGUGCAAAAAGACAGAGAGGAAACCAGAUCACAAAUGGAAAAUACUGGAGGAAGAAAGACCUUGUCACGCUGAUGGUCGAGACCUUCUUCCUGGAGAGGAGAUAAUUUUACUGGCACACCCUCAUCGGCUGGGUUGCCGGGAUAUGAAUGACAACACUGCCCUCUGGUGGGUGAUCAAGAGACCUGUGGUUACUUCAAUUAUGUGCCUCCUUUGUUCCAUACUCAGAUCUGAUACUUCACAGUGAAAGCUCUGCUCCACUGCAUUAUUCUUCUCGCCUCUGGACGCAGCCGGUAUCCUUAAUCAUGGCCAUCGCUCACAUCGCUACAGAAUAUGUGUUCUCUGAUUUUCUCCUGAAGGAACCCACGGAGGGGAAAUACAAAGGAGUGCGUUUGGAGCUUGCAGCUGAUAAACUGGUGACUUUUGUGGCGGUGGGAAUUCCUCUGCUGCUCAUCUCCCUCGCCUUUGCUCAGGAAGUGUCUGUGGGUUCCCAGAUUAGCUGUUUUCCACCAACCAACUUCACCCUGCGCCAAGCAGCGUAUGUGGACUCUUUCUGCUGGGUCGCUGCUGAACGCCAAUCUACAAAAGACGGCUCCCCCCUGUGGUUACACAAGUUCUUUCCUUACAUCCUUCUGCUGCUGGCAGUUCUGGUGUAUGUUCCAGCUCUGUUCUGGCGCUUCACCGCUGCUCCUCAGCUCUCCUCAGACCUCAGUUUCAUUAUGGAGGAACUAGAUUGCUGUUACAACCGUGCCAUCCAGCUCGCCAAGAGCUUGGCAUCCAACAAACCUGACACCAAGGACAACACAGAGGAGUCCCACAGCAGUCAGGAGGUGGUUGAGGGCUGUUUUAAAUACCCUCUGGUGGUCCAGUAUCUGAGGACCAAGCGUGGGAGUUGGGCACUGGCGUGGAAGUACCUGGUAUGUCGGGUUCUCACUCUACUCACUGUACUGCUGGUUUUCUUCUACCUGGUCUGCUACAUCGGCCUGGUGUCUCCGAGUGACCAGUUCUCCUGCGACCUACAGACCAGUGUUGUCCUGAAUCAGACACUGAUGCGUCCAGUGCUGUGUAAGCUGGUGUCCGUGGGUGUGUUCCGUCUGCUCAGCUGCGUUAGUUUGGCAGUUUACGCGAUCCUCAUUCCUCUGGUGUUCUACGCACCAGUCCGCCCGACCCGGCGGAGGCAGCAAGGCCAAGUGCUCCACCCUUACAGGCUCCUACCCGCCUUCACACAUGCCCAGGAGCUGCAUGUCAGCUCUCGCCUCUAUGACGACCUCAGCAUCUACCUGCUGUUCCUGGAGGAGAACCUGAGCGAGCUGAAAAGCUAUAAAUGUCUGCAGGUAUUAAAUUUAUUAAAAGCAGGAGAGUGUGAAAGCUUUGACACAAUGUCCCUCCUGAGGAAUCUUGGACAAGUGAAGACGGAUUCGGUGGAUACUGAAGAUGGCAACAUCCAAUCAGCUCACGUCCAGGAGGAAGGAGACCUGUCCAAGCUUAAGGAUGGUGAUGUAGCGACGCCAGAAAGGCAACUGAAAGAAUCCAUCUGCGGCUGUGGGAAGGAUGUGAGACAGAGACCCGUUUAAAGUUUGAGGGAAAACAAAAGCCCAGGAACAAACAGGUCUACAGCGACUCGUCUCCAGACACACGAGAGGUGGAAAGCAAUGCUGAAAUAUUAUAUCACUACAGCCUCUGCAUGGGGUUAGUGCACGUGUUUCUACAAGCUUGGGAUCAAAGACCACAGUCCUGGCUUUCAGAAAGACAUUUCUUUACCCGGGUCCAGGUCAAAGUGCUAAUGCAUGAGGUUUGGUCUGGAUUUUAAUCCUUUGGUCUGUUCUUCAGUGUUAAAAUUGUCAAUUUGACUGCAGAUAGCAAUCAGAAUGCUGUAGAUUGACUGUUAGACAAACAAUUCACUAUUUUCUUUUUCUCACCAUUUAUGUCUAUAUUAUUAU